AUGUCGACGCCGCCUAAGGUCGAGCUGGCCGACCUCUCCCCGCUUCUCCUCAAGAAGGAGCGCGUCACGGCCUCCUUUGACGUUCCCUUGUUGAUUGACGUGAUCCACGGCAGUCGCGACCAGCAAGCGCGACGCAAGCACCUGCUCGACCUCGUGAUCAACGACCCCGUGCUGUGCGACCGCGACAUGAUCUCUCGCAACCACAAGGAGCGCUACGAAAAGGCGCUGGAGAAGUCGCACGCGUAUGCGAAGCUUCUGGAGACCCACCACAUCACAGACCCCGACGAGCAAACGUACGUGUACUACGCGAUCGGGGAGCCGCUCCCCAUCGACGUCCAUCGGUCCAUGUUCAUCCCGACACUACAAAAUCAAAUGGACGACGAACAGCAAGCCAUUUGGGUCCCCAAAGCCACGUCGUUUCAAAUCACCGGCGCCUAUGCGCAAACCGAGCUCGGCCACGGGUCGAACGUCCAAGGCAUUGAAACCACGGCACAUUACGACAAGAACACCCAAGAGUUUGUGUUGAACUCGCCGUCGCUCACGAGUCGCAAGUGGUGGCCUGGUGGACUCGGCAAGACCGCCAACCACUGCGUAUUGCAUGCGCGACUGUUGCUUGAUGGGAAAGACCGAGGCGUCCAGGCGUUCUUGGUGCCGCUGAGAGAUACGCGCACCCACGAGACCCUACCUGGCAUCACCUUGGGCGACAUUGGGCCUAAAAUUGGGUUUCAAUCUGUCGACAACGGGUAUGUAUUUUGCGUAUUGGACCAUGUUCGCAUUCCUCGCCGAAAUAUGCUCAUGCGAUUUGCUAAAGUCGCCCCCGACGGGUCGUUCUCCAAGCCCCCAAUGGACAAAUUGGUAUAUUUUACCAUGGUCAAGAUCCGUGUCCUUGUUGCGGUGGUCUGUGCUCGGUACGUUGGAUAA